AUGGCCCACUCCGUUACAGUUAGCCUCUACGACAACAAAACCAUAAAUGUACCCACAGGCUUGUUCAUCAACAAUGAAUUCGUUCCUAGCGUCGACUCCACCGAGCGAAUCAACGCUAUAAACCCAGCAACUGAACAAGUGAUCUGCUCAGUUGUAGCUGCCUCUGCGAAAGACAUUGACAUAGCAGUUGCUGCUGCCCGUGCAGCUUUCAAAACUACGUGGGGGAAAAACGUCACUGGUUUUGAGCGUGCUAGGCUUAUCAACAAACUUGCCGACCUCAUUGAGCGAGACGCGCAAGAGCUGGGAGACCUCGAGAGCCUGAACAACGGCAAACCCUCCAGGAUUGCAAGAGAUUUCGACAUUGGAGAUAGUAUUCAAUGCCUUCGCUAUUACGCUGGCUGGGCUGACAAAAUUACGGGCCAAACUAUUGAAGUAGACAACAAGUCAAAACUCGCCUUCACUCGUCAUGAUCCCAUUGGUGUCUGCGGACAGAUCAUUCCUUGGAAUUAUCCCAUCAAUAUGUGGGCCUGGAAGGUUGCGCCUGCCCUCGCGGUCGGAUGCACCAUUGUAAUGAAACCGUCCGAAUUGACCCCUCUUACCGCACUCAAAUUGUCAGAACUCGUCAAGGAAGCAGGUUUUCCACCCGGCGUCGUCAACACCGUACCUUCUCUAGGCACAGUCGGGGGAGCCGCUAUCUCUUCCCACUUUGAUGUUGAUAAAGUCGCAUUCACUGGUUCCACCGUAACGGGUCGCAAAAUUAUGGAAGCUGCUGCCAAGAGCAACCUGAAAAAGGUGUCUUUGGAGCUUGGGGGAAAGUCGCCUCACCUCGUUUUUGAGUCGGCGGACUUGGAUCAGGCUUCCGCUUGGGCAGCUCUGGGGAUCUGCUACAAUUCAGGUCAAGACUGUACAGCGGGUUCGCGCGUUUACGUACAAGACACGGUUUACGAAAAGUUUCUUGAGCUUUUGAUCACAAAAGUUAAAGCCCAAGUUGUCGGUGAUGGAUUCGAUAAUAAAAGUGGAGGUGGCCCCAUGGUUUCCAAGGGGCAGUACGAUCGUGUAUGGGGAUACAUCGAAUCCGGGAAACAAGAAGGCGCCCAAGUUGCCUUUGGAGGCGUCAAGAGAAGCACAAAAGGCUACUAUGUCGAUCCAACUAUUUUCACCAACAUACGCCCGGACAUGAGAAUCGUCAAAGAAGAGAUAUUCGGUCCUGUACUGUCGGUUGGGUCGUUUAAAACCGAAGAUGAGGCGAUAGCCCUGGCCAACGACACGAACUACGGCCUUGGUGCUGAUGAUGCUAACCAAUGUAUGCGGGUAUCCUCCGCCCUGGAGGCUGGCACGGUGUGGGUCAAUCAAUACAAUAUCUUGAACAACAAUGUUCCUUUUGGUGGCAAGAAACAAUCUGGAAUCGGCCGGGAGCUCGGAAGCUACGCACUCGAAGAAUACACCUCAGUCAAGGCAGUUCAUUGGAACUUUGGUGAAAAGCUUGAGUGGCCCCUCUAAGGUUUUCAGGGUCAUGUGUGAUCAACUGUAUAUAAUGUAUCCGUUGUCAUUUUCACUUUUGUGAUAAAAUUUAGAUAUUUUGGCUCGUUCUC